UCCCCGCACCAAGCGCUUAACCUCAUUGGGGUGGAGGAGAAGGCGGCGGCUGUCUGGUCCGCAGCGGCAACAGUAGCGAAUAAUACGGCUAAUGGACUACUGAAUUAUGAAGAAUUUCAGACCCAAGAGUAGAACCUCACUCUGCCACUCACUCCUUUAUCUCCUACUUGUUAUUUAAAUUGGACUUUUAAUAUCCUACCAGCUGCUCUUCAGACACACAUGGUGCAUUGUUGCCAUUCCCCGGAUUGUAUCUUUGAAACACAGGCGCUUAGUAACCUUCAGCGAACAAAGAGGCAGCCUCCCGGGUGCAUUUACUGGGAGGGGAAGCGGACUGCCCUCUAGCUCCUGCUGCAUCUGGAUUUGAAUCCUGCCAUGGAGCCUCGCAUGGAGUCCUGCCUGGCACAGGUGUUGCAGAAGGAUGUGGGGAAACGACUGCAGGUUGGCCAAGAACUUAUAGACUAUUUCUCAGACAAACAGAAGUCUGCUGACCUUGAGCAUGACCAGACCAUGUUAGAUAAACUUGUGGAUGGGCUCGCUACCUCUUGGGUGAACUCUAGCAAUUACAAGGUGGUUCUUCUCGGCAUGGACAUCCUGUCUGCGCUGGUCACCCGGCUGCAGGAUCGGUUCAAGGCGCAGAUUGGCACAGUGCUGCCAAGUUUAAUAGACAGACUGGGAGAUGCUAAAGACUCUGUGCGAGAGCAAGACCAGACUCUGCUGCUGAAGAUCAUGGAUCAAGCUGCUAAUCCCCAGUAUGUGUGGGACCGGAUGCUGGGGGGCUUCAAGCACAAGAAUUUCCGAACUCGGGAAGGCACGUGCCUCUGCCUUGUGGCCACACUCAAUGCCUCUGGAGCACACACUCUGACACUAAGCAAGAUUGUGCCGCAUAUAUGUAACUUACUUGGAGAUCCAAACAGCCAGGUUCGAGACGCAGCAAUAAACAGCUUAGUGGAAAUUUACAGACAUGUAGGAGAACGUGUGAGGGCAGAUCUCAGUAAGAAAGGAUUACCACAGUCCCGGUUGAAUGUAAUUUUUACAAAAUUUGAUGAAGUCCAAAAAUCUGGAAACAUGAUCCAAUCAGCAAAUGAUAAAAAUUUUGAUGAUGAAGAUUCUGUGGAUGGUAAUAGACCUUCCUCUGCUAGUUCUACAUCCUCCAAAGCUCCACCCAGCUCACGGAGAAACGUAGGAAUGGGGACCACCCGCCGGCUUGGGUCUUCUACACUCGGAUCCAAGUCUUCAGCUGCAAAAGAAGGAGCAGGUGCUGUUGACGAAGAGGACUUUAUUAAAGCAUUUGAUGACGUGCCUGUGGUACAGAUUUAUUCCAGCCGAGACCUGGAAGAAUCCAUAAACAAGAUUAGGGAAAUAUUAUCUGAUGACAAGCAUGACUGGGAGCAAAGAGUAAAUGCUCUAAAAAAGAUCAGAUCUUUACUUUUGGCUGGUGCUGCUGAGUAUGAUAACUUCUUUCAACACUUGCGUCUUUUGGACGGAGCCUUUAAACUAUCUGCUAAGGACCUGCGGUCUCAGGUAGUGCGGGAAGCUUGUAUCACAUUGGGGCACCUGUCAUCGGUUCUGGGAAAUAAAUUUGACCAUGGAGCUGAAGCCAUUAUGCCAACUAUCUUUAAUUUAAUUCCAAACAGUGCCAAAAUUAUGGCCACAUCCGGUGUUGUAGCUGUUAGGUUAAUCAUUCGGCACACACACAUCCCUAGGCUGAUACCUGUCAUAACGAGCAACUGCACCUCUAAGUCUGUUGCAGUUAGAAGGCGCUGCUUUGAAUUUUUAGAUUUACUUUUACAAGAAUGGCAGACACAUUCACUGGAACGACACAUAUCAGUAUUAGCCGAAACAAUAAAGAAGGGAAUACACGAUGCCGAUUCUGAAGCAAGGAUAGAAGCCAGAAAGUGCUACUGGGGCUUCCACAGUCACUUCAGCAGAGAAGCGGAGCACUUGUACCACAGCCUGGAGUCCUCCUACCAGAAAGCCCUCCAGUCCCACCUGAAGAACUCGGACAGCAUCGUGUCUCUGCCGCAGUCCGACCGCUCCUCCUCCAGCUCCCAGGAGAGUCUGAAUCGGCCGCUCUCUGCCAAAAGAAGUCCUACUGGGAGCACCACCUCUAGAGGUUCCACUGUCAGCACCAAGUCCGUAUCCACGACUGGCUCCCUCCAGCGGUCUCGAAGCGAUAUUGACGUGAACGCCGCAGCCAGUGCCAAGUCCAAGGUCUCGUCAGCCUCGGGCGCUACACCUUUCAGCUCUGCAGCGGCCUUGCCUCCGGGGUCCUAUGCAUCCUUAGAGUCCAGACACGUGAGGGAAGAUAUGGAGUCCGUAGGCCAUGACUCAGGUCGGAUCCGCACCAGACGGCAGAGCUCCGGGAGCACCACCAAUGUCGCCACCACGCCUGAUAACCGGGGCCGCAGCCGCGCCAAAGUGGUUUCACAGUCCCAGCGAUCCAGAUCUGCUAAUCCUGCUGGUGCUGGCAGCCGGUCAAGUUCCCCAGGAAAAUUGUUGGGAAGUGGUUAUGGUGGCCUUGCUGGGGGUUCCUCGAGAGGCCCGCCUGUGACUCCCUCUUCAGAGAAACGAAGCAAGAUCCCCAGGAGUCAGGGAUGUAGCCGAGAAACAAGUCCAAACCGGAUAGGAUUAGCACGGAGCAGCCGUAUCCCUCGACCCAGCAUGAGUCAGGGGUGCAGCCGCAAUACCAGCUGUGAGAGCAGCCGCGAUACGAGCCCCGCUCGGGGCUUUCCUCCACUCGCCUCUCGACGUCAUUCCAGGUCCACUAGCGCCCUCUCCACUGCUGAGUCUGUUGGGCAGUCAGACCGGUUUGGGCUUGGCCAGGCAGGAAGAGUACCAGGCUCUGUGAAUGCCAUGCGAGUCCUGAGCACAAGUACAGACCUCGAAGCUGCUGUUGCUGAUGCUUUGCUGUUAGGAGACUCCAGGAGCAAGAAGAAGCCCGUGCGGAGGAGGUACGAGCCGUACGGGAUGUACUCCGACGACGACGCCAACAGCGACGCGUCGAGCGUGUGCUCCGAGCGCUCGUAUGGCUCCCGGAACGGCGGCAUUCCGCACUACCUGCGGCAGACGGAGGACGUGGCCGAAGUCCUCAACCACUGCGCCAGCUCCAACUGGUCCGAGAGGAAGGAGGGGCUGCUCGGCCUGCAGAAUUUACUGAAGAGCCAGAGGACGCUGAGUCGAGUAGAAUUGAAAAGAUUGUGUGAGAUUUUCACUCGGAUGUUUGCUGACCCUCACAGCAAGGUUUUCAGUAUGUUUUUGGAGACUCUGGUGGAUUUUAUAAUCAUUCAUAAGGAUGACUUGCAAGACUGGCUUUUUGUGCUUCUCACACAAUUACUUAAGAAGAUGGGGGCAGACUUACUUGGAUCUGUGCAAGCAAAAGUUCAGAAGGCUCUAGAUGUCACGAGGGACUCCUUUCCAUUUGAUCAACAAUUUAACAUUUUGAUGAGAUUUAUUGUGGAUCAAACUCAGACUCCUAAUCUCAAGGUCAAAGUUGCAAUCUUGAAGUACAUUGAGUCCCUCGCUAGGCAGAUGGAUCCAACAGACUUUGUAAACUCUAGCGAGACGAGGCUUGCUGUUUCUAGAAUUAUAACCUGGACGACAGAACCAAAGAGUUCAGACGUGAGAAAGGCAGCGCAAAUUGUGCUUAUCUCUCUGUUUGAACUGAACACUCCUGAAUUUACCAUGUUACUUGGUGCCUUGCCAAAAACCUUCCAGGAUGGUGCCACCAAACUCCUGCAUAACCACCUCAAGAACUCUAGUAACACCAGUGUGGGCUCCCCGAGCAAUACGAUUGGCCGGACUCCCUCCCGACACACCAGCAGCAGGACCAGCCCCCUGACCUCACCCACCAACUGUUCCCAUGGGGGCCUCUCUCCCAGUCGGUUAUGGGGUUGGAGUGCCGAUGGGCUAUCGAAGCACCCACCUCCCUUUUCUCAGCCUAACUCCAUUCCCACCGCUCCCUCCCACAAGACUCUCAGGCGCUCUUACUCUCCCAGCAUGCUGGAGUAUGACACAGAGAACCUGAACUCGGAGGAGAUUUACAGCUCUCUGCGUGGGGUUACAGAAGCCAUCGAAAAGUUCAGUUUUCGAAGCCAAGAGGAUCUGAACGAGCCAAUUAAGCGAGAUGGCAAAAAGGACUCCGAUAUUGUGUCCCGGGACGGUGGAGUCUCGUCGCCUGCCACGGAGGGCCGGGGAGGCAGCGACGUGGUGGAAGGAGGCAGAACGGCUCUGGACAACAAGACGUCGCUGCUCAACACGCAGCCCCCGCGGACCUUCCCAGGGCCGCGGGUGCGGGACUACAGUCCGUACCCCUACUCAGACACCAUCAGUACCUACGACAAGACGGCCCUGAAGGAGGCCGUGUUUGACGACGACAUGGAGCAGCUUCGAGACGUGCCCAUUGACCAUUCUGACUUGGUGGCUGACCUUCUGAAAGAGCUGUCCAACCACAACGAGCGGGUGGAGGAGCGGAAAGGCGCCCUGCUGGAGCUGCUCAAAAUCACGCGGGAGGACAGCCUGGGCGUCUGGGAGGAGCACUUCAAGACCGUCCUGCUCCUGCUGCUGGAGACCCUCGGGGACAAAGAUCAUUCCAUCCGAGCACUGGCGUUGAGAGUCCUGCGGGAGAUUCUGAGAAACCAGCCAGCAAGAUUUAAAAACUACGCCGAGCUGACGAUCAUGAAGACUCUGGAAGCCCACAAAGACUCCCAUAAGGAGGUGGUACGAGCAGCCGAGGAGGCGGCGUCCACGCUGGCCAGCUCCAUCCACCCGGAGCAGUGCAUCAAGGUCCUGUGCCCCAUCAUCCAGACGGCCGACUACCCCAUCAACCUGGCUGCCAUCAAGAUGCAGACCAAAGUCGUGGAGAGGAUUGCCAAGGAGUCCCUGCUGCAGCUCCUGGCCGACAUCAUCCCCGGCCUGUUGCAGGGAUACGACAACACCGAGAGCAGCGUGCGGAAGGCCAGUGUGUUUUGCUUGGUGGCGAUUUAUUCCGUGAUCGGAGAAGAGCUGAAACCUCACCUCGCACAGCUCACGGGGAGCAAGAUGAAGCUACUAAACUUAUACAUAAAGAGGGCCCAGACCACCAACAGCAACAGCAGCUCCUCCUCCGACGUGUCCACACACAGCUAAUGGUGGCGCCAGAGUCUCUUUGUGUCGCCCUAGAAGCAAUUGGUGGGGCCUCUCAGAGACCUUUCCCACCCCCACCCCCCCAUCGGCUGCCCAGUCAGUACAAGGAGGCCCGCAAAUAUUUAUUACAAUCAGUAUUUUGGUCCCUUCCAGCUUUUGUGUAGAAUCUUACUGGUAUUGAAUGUAAAGGAAGCAAGGCCUGUAUUGCAGUCUUCACACGGAACAAAUGGAAUAAGAAAAGAGCCAUACUUAACCAUGUCCCGUACAGCCUGCAGAGAUCAGACACCCGUGUGUGUGAGGCGCGGGCCUAUCAAAUCAGAGCCCAUGAGCCGCUACGGGGUAGAAGGUAGCAUUUUCUCCUAGCUACUAACAGUUGAGGAGGGUGUGUUCAUUCGUGCUUCUGUCUCAUCUUUGCUUACUUCCUUCUGGAUGUGGCCUGUGACACCGGGAAAGGGUCGUAUGUCCUUCAGUUGUACUGUGAGACCUGCUAAGAAAGUGAGUCAGAUCCUGGCGAGAAACAAAAGCCUGAAGAUGGUCUGUUAACAAACACGUGGGAUUUGCUUGUACCCUUUCUGGACCAGAGGCCCCGGGCCCCCUCUGCAGGGCCUUCCAGGACAGGCCCCCAACACCUCUGAACUCCUUACUCGUGCUGUCCCUGUUAGGAGCUUGUCCUCAAGCGCGUUCUUUCUUCCGUUUAAAUUCAAACAGAAAAGUCAAGGUAAAUCUAUAACAUCCGUCAGAGGGGUGUGUCUGUGUCACUGCCCAGAGGCUGGGGGCACUCUGUCAGCAGGCCUCCCCUGUGGUCCUGCUGCUCUGUUGGGGUCUUUGGACUCAGCACCGUCUCUUUUCCCUCUGCCAGCCUCCGCCAGAGCCACUCGGUUCGCAAGUGUUCUCGGUCAUCUGAUAGAUGGCAACUGCCAUCCCAGGUUUGACUUCUCGGUUUAAUUUGGGAUUAGGAUCAGGGGAAAGUCUAGAGAGACCAGGUAUCAGAAUCUUUUUUAAUUUUACAGACAAAAGUACUUCCUUGGUCAUCUGUUGAAAUAAUUGUUUAAGGAAAAAGUAAUGAUGAGCGGCAAAUUACAGAAAAACAGGAUUUGAAACCCUAUUUUAAAGUUUCUUCACUGAGAAAUUCCCAGAGAAACUACCCUUCCUAACCGUUUUCCUUAAGGGUUUGAUUGCUCCAAUAAAAGGAACCAUAAAGAUUUAGAAUAUGGUUAAAUAAGUUUUGAGAAAAAUUGUUAAAGCGAAAUGGAAACUCUCCAUCCAGUCAGAAAGCUUCUGUCCUCUAAAUUGAACCGGGAUUUCCCCGAGAAAAACGCUGUUCUGGUGUUAGUGUGUAAUGAGGUGUCUGCUGUUCGGAUGCAGAGCCUCCCUGCAGCCAGCAGCACUGAGAAGCAGAGGCUGUGUCCCCUGACGAAACCCCCAGACCCCCAUCUCGCCCCACCCCCCGCCCCCGCCUUGUUUGGAAGUUGCAUCACUGUAAAGCAGGGAACCCCUUUUCACUCAGAAGUUAUUCAGAUGCUUUACUUGGAACUAGGCGCUGGAAACAGAGAUCCGGGACAGUGAGGCCCGGGUGCCUUCACUGAGAGAGACAGAAAGUAAGUGUGUGUGUGUGUGUGUGUGUGUGUGUGUGUGUGUGUGUGUGUGUGUAGGUAGGUAGGUAGGUAUAGGGGGUAUCUUGCACUUGGAGGAGGGAAGUACCCCACUGCUGCUGUUGAAGGAACGUCAGGGGUGCAUUUUAAGUGGUUGAAUAUUAUGACUUAUUUUUGGCUCAAACUAUAGCAGGACCAGGCCUUACUUUCAUCAAUAAAUACUGUCUGUGAAUAGUUCACUAAUGGCAUUUCCUUUUUACACUCGGCAAGUGAGUCAGGGCACGUUUUGAUUACUUCUCUUGUAGAACUGUGCAUUCUGCUAGGUUAUGUAUGAGUUCUUGUGUGCCUCAUGCGUUCGGAAAGACCGUUCCCCUUGAACUCUACACUCCCCGCUCUCACGGACCCCCGCCUGCAGUUGGGAAGAACCUUGAACAUCGCCGAAUGUCCUCAUAGCACUCACAAAGGGCUAGCCUUGAAUGUCGCCUCCCCAACCUUCAAUCUCCCGACCUAGAAGGAUACAAUCACCUACAGACCUUUCGGUUGCAAGCAGACCUGCUGCCCACGCAGGUGCCACCACGGGGACACUCGCAUGCCGCCAGCACCUCGCCGGAAGGAGGCCCCCCCCCCCACCCCGCCGCCCUCCGGCCAGACAGCUGCCGCUGCCUCGCCUCGCUGCCGCCUCCCUGCAGGGCUCCUGUUCGGUCGGAACACCCAAAACUGCAAAACUGUUUGCCUCCCGUUUACCCGACAGUCCAGGGCCCCAAAGAGCCCACCGUGUCAGCGACUGACCCCCGCUUCCCUCCAGCCGCCUCCGCUCCCCGGCUUGAUGCGCCCCUCGGGCUGCGGCGGGCGCAGGCACGCUGCUGCGUUCAAGUCCAAGUCCACUGUGUGUGCUUCCGUGCGGGCCGCAGACAGCCCAGGAUGGCCUCUCUGUGGCUCCUCACUGGGAUCGCACCCUGCGCAAGUAAUGCAAUCAACUUUGGUCUCAUCAGUCUGAUUUUUUUCCCUGCCGCCCUUUAUUUAUCAAGCAUACUACUACACGUGAAAGAACAGCAAAUAAGAACUUUGUAGAAUCCCACCAGGACUUUGCUAACAAUGAUGUUUGGAAAAUGGAAAAAAAAAAUGCUCUGAAAACUAGCAGCCACCAAAAUAGUUUUGUCGGCAUUGUGUUCACUCGCAUGGUCCCCACACCCCCAGGUUGGGUUUUUGGGUUUUGUUUUCGUUUUGGGGGGCUUUUCAUGUUACAUCCAUAUCUGUAUUUAUAUCUUAUUUGUUUCACUUUCAAGUGUAUCAUGGCAAAUGUACAGAUUUUUUUUGUUAAUAAUGUGCUAGGAUUUGCUAAAAAAGAAAACAACAAAAAAAAAACCCUUUUGAGUUUGCCCUAGAAUAAAUGAAUCUUAAUUCAGUUUCUUGA